UCCAACCGUUGGUUUUUUCUUUUUUUUUUCCCCCUUUUUUUUGCUUUUAUUUUUCCCUCAGUAGUACACAGUACACCUACGAGUCCGUUGCACACGAACAACACUCCGAAAAGCUAAAAAAAGAUGAGAUUUUGGAUCGAGUUUCGGGGGUUUUGAUGAUUUUGAAAGGAAACCCUACUCGAAUCACAAGCUCUAGUUCCUGAAUCUUACUCCAAAGAAGCAAAAAGUGUGAGAAAAAACCAAAAAAAAAGGAAGCUGCAGCAGCAUGCGGCGCCAUGGGUGGCAGCUCCCACUUCAUCCCCUCCAGUUCGUCGGGACGGCAGUUUUCAUCGUCCUCGUCUCCGCCUUCUACAUCUUCCUCGGGCCGUUCCUCGGAAACCGAAUCGUCGAAAACACGGCGCUCACAUUGUUCUCCUUCACUGCCAUCUCUGUUGCUGUGUUAUACGUGAGGUGUACUGCGAUCGAUCCGACCGAUCGAACCGACGCGAGGAAACGGAGAGGGCCCAAAUCCGGAAAACUCCCGCGGAUCAAUUACAGGCACAUUUUUUGCCAUAUUGUGGUGAGAUUUUUACGAAAAUUGGAGGAUAAGAUACUGAGUUGCUGCAUAAGGAGGAACUAUUUGGAGCAGUGGAAUAGCAGCAUUCAGUUGGAGCCGCUUCUGCCGUUCCCUCUCGUUGUGACGGACGACGCCGUCUCGCCGCAUCGGAAAGGCGACGACAUCUCGUUCUGCGCUCUCUGCGAUUUCGAGGUCAGAAGGAACAGCAAGCACUGCAGAAGUUGCGAUCGGUGCGUCGACGGAUUCGACCACCAUUGCAGGUGGCUAAACAACUGCAUAGGGAGAAGGAACUACACCACCUUCAUUCUACUGAUGGUGUUUGUAUUGCUCAUGCUAACUAUAGAGGGAGGAACAGCAGUUGCAAUCUUCAUCCGCUGCUUCGCGGACAGCAAAGGGAUGGAGCAGGAAAUGGUGCAGAAGCUCCGCAUCAAGUUCCCUAAAGGAGUUCUCGCCGCGAUAUCGAUAUCAUUGGCUCUGCUGACAGGGUACAGUACAGCGGCCCUCGGACAGCUUUUCUUCUUCCAUGUAGUUCUCAUUCGAAAGGGAAUGAGAACAUAUGAUUACAUCCUAGCAAUGAGAGAAGAAAGCCAGUUGAUGGAUCCAUUUGACGACACCGAUUCCUCGUCUGACGAGAGUGUCGACUUUGACUCGCCAGACAGACCGCCGUUCCUCUCUAGAUUUCUAUGCAGAAGAAGUGAACUCUCUCGAAGUGCUCGAAGAUUAUCGAUAAGAAUCGAGAAAGAACCUAAUGCUUCAAACAAAAAGGUCGGUUUCGAGAUCAACCCGUGGAAACUUAUAAAGAUGAGCAAAGAGAAGGCAAUGAUCGCCGCGGAGAGAGCAAGAGAGAGGAUUAGACAAAACCUCCCACACCGACUAUCUCCGAUGAAACCGCUUCCAUUAGAGACGAAGCAAGGGCCUCUAGUAAACUCGGCAAGAAAGCAUAUGAAGUUGGUAAGUGAGAUCACACCAGUAGUUACCAAGGCUUGGUUCGCGGGCUCGCCGAGUAAGCGGUUCUCGAGCCCGCGGAGGAGGAUUUCGGGGUCUCCCUCUCCUGGACCGCAGAAGUAUAGAACAAACUUCGAUCUCAAACUCACAGAAGUUUCGAGGGAACUUGAGAAUCACAUCUCGAAGCAGAUGCUGUGCUCUAUCAUGGCGAAAGACGGCGAGGACGAGGCUUCUCCAACAAAAUAAGCAUUUUGAGUUUGAACCGACGUAUUAUUAUUGCUGUGUUCUUUCUGUUCUUUCUUUCUUUUGUAUGAAACCUGUCACCUCGCGGAUUCUCAACCUUUGAGAACUAUUUCACUUCGAAA